AUAGACGACAAUGCAUUUCUGAUUUCGUGUUAUCCAAACAGCUAUUUUUUCAACAAUUCCUCCUCAAAUUAUCCGAGUCGCACCUGGCGAGUAAAUAGUUACUACUCAGUACUCACUACAAGCUACCAAAAUGGCAGAUCCACUCUGACCGAAAAUUUGUACAAAAUUCUGUCAAAACUCAACUAAACACACAACACACAAACAAUCAGCGCGCGCACACACACAAUAAUGGCGGCAGCAGCAGCAGAAGAAGAGAAGACAGUAAAGUAUGGAAUGAUAGGAGUAGGAAUGAUGGGAAGAGAACACCUUAUCAACCUCUACCACCUCCGUGAUCAUCGAGUCUCCGUCGUAUGCGCCGCCGAUCCUCACCCUCCUUCUCUCGACUCCGCCCUUCAUCUUGCCCACUCCUUCAAUUGGCCUCUUCACGUGUUUUCAGGGCAUAAGGAGUUGUUGGACAGUGGGUUGUGUGAUGUGGUAAUUGUGUCAUCUCCAAACAUGACUCAUUAUCAAAUUCUUAUGGACAUUAUUGCCCAUCCUAAGCCUCAUCAUGUUCUGGUCGAGAAGCCUCUUUGUACAACUGUACCACAUUGUAAACAGGUGGUAGAUGCUGCCAAGAAAAGACCAGAUAUAAUGGUGCAAGUAGGUUUAGAGUACAGAUACAUGCCUCCAGUUGCCAAGCUGAUAGAAAUCAUCAAGGCUGGAGAAGUAGGUCCAAUCAGAAUGGUGGCGAUAAGAGAGCAUAGGUUUCCUUUCUUGGUUAAGGUCAACAACUGGAAUCGUUUCAAUGCUAACUCAGGAGGUACUUUAGUGGAGAAGUGCUGUCAUUUCUUUGAUCUCAUGAGAUUGUUUGCGGGUGCAAAUCCUGUUCGUGUGAUGGCUUCUGGUGCCAUGGAUGUUAAUCACAAGGACGAAGUUUAUGAUGGGAAGGUACCUGAUAUCAUUGACAACGCAUAUGUUAUUGUGGAGUUUGACAAUGGUUCACGAGGUAUGCUUGACUUGUGCAUGUUCGCGGAAGGAAGCAAAAAUGAACAAGAAAUAUCCGUUGUUGGCGAUAUAGGAAAGGGUGAGGCUUUUGUCCCAGAGGGCAUUGUGAAGUUUGGUACCCGAGUUGCAGGCAGGGAUGGUGUGCAAACUAUAGAAACAGUAGAUAAACGAAUAAAGUAUGACGGAUUGCAUCAUGGUUCAAGCUUCUUGGAGCACCUAAACUUCUUGUAUGCCAUCAGGAAUAAAGGCACCAAGGCACCUGAGGUGGACUUAAUAGAUGGACUGGUUUCGGUGGCUAUUGGAGUCGCUGCACAAGUUUCGAUUGAGCAGGGUCGGUUUGUUACUAUGGAAGAGGUCUUAAAAUGAUUGAGGUUGCUGGAAAUUCAUCAGCCUCUGACUCUGUAUUAACAGUUGGGAUAUUGCCAUGAACUGCUCCUAUUGCAUUAUUAUGGGGGUGUUGUCAAUGUAUAUUUCUUAAUGUGCUACGAAAUUACCUAUAUUUUGUACAAGGAAAUAAUUGAAUUAUCUCUA